AUGGUCCGCGAUGCGCCUGCAAUAAUAGCAGAUCUGUGCCAGCCGCAUAGCGCUAAAAAGCGGAAAUAUGCCAUUCCACAGUUCACCAAGGCCCUCCGCCGCGAGGAUCGCUUCCAAGCAAUCUGGGAAGAUGUAGGCGGAGCCUCUGGUCUUGCCAGCCUAAUGGCCGAGUUCAGCAUACGGGAUUUGCGCGAGCUGUGCAAACGUUUGGGAAUGACAGCAUCUGCUCAACAAGUACAAUCACAGAGACGUGCAGCUCUAGGUGAGCUCGUUGAAAUCAUCUACCAACGGCGAGGGCGGGAAGACAGCAGACCCGUGGAUCGCUUUUACCAGCACAUAAUACCUGCGUGCAACCUGGAAGUUGUACAGAGAUUCGAACAAGAACAAAAAAUCAAAUGGACUAUCUCAGAAGAAAGGCUCCUGUUGGCUGGUCAUCCCCAGCUGAGCGAGUCGAAACUUCUACAGGAAGCCUUCUCAAAGGACAAUCUUCUGUUUGCACACUAUCAAUCACUUUUACGCGGCAAUAUUCACUUUACCAGAAGAAUCCUGACAACGCUCCUCUCCAAAGACAAAGUGAAUUGUCCUCCGGAUCUGUUAGAUGAAGUGGUCAUGCCUCUACUUAAAACCCUCCGCAAGAGUAGAUACGAUAAUGAGACGCGCAGUCAACAUCUUGAUCUUGUCCUUCAAUGUAUCCGAAAACACCAAGACGCACUUUCCAGUCAAUUUCUUCUUACAAAGGGAGGCUUUGUCCAAUACAUUGUUGAUCGAUGGUCUGAUGCACCCCAGGGCAGUGCAAACAGACGGCAACUCGAAUUACAUCUAGUGCAAGCUAUCAAGUUGAUUCCAACCCUGUCAUGGUCGCGAGGAAACAAGUUUGAACACUUGCAUCAGGCUAUCUCUGUUUCUGAGAAGCUAAGUCACGAAGAGAGAUACGAAUUCUUUCGCCUGCUUCUAUUACAUCUCCAAGGGUUUACAAUAGAUAUCGAGAGUGAUUCGGAACAAGAUUUGUCUCGUCUGAAGCAAGAUUCUCGGAGUUGCUGGCCGUCCUCUCUGUUCUUCUGCAUGAAUGAAAGGAAGUCACUCCAGCUCUUUGAGAAACUAGAAAGAUUGUUUCCGCAAAGAGAUUUCCUGAGUGUCGAAAGAGAAACUGGAACAGUUUUACAUCAGUCUCAGGGCAUGCUUAAGUACAGUCCUGUUGGAGAUUUUCAUGUGGCGAAAGCAUUAUUGAUACGGAGAUCAAAGACGCAGCACGAACGUUCAGAAUGGCCUAGUUAUGGUAUUGAACUCGUCAAAGAAAGACGAGUCAAAGCGCAGCAAUCGCGGGAGGCUGUGGAACGAGCUUACUGGGCGAUAAGUGCGUUGAAUCUCUGCGUUUCUGUGGGGGACUUGGCGACACUGCAAGAGACUAUUGUGUGGUCGCGACGAUUUAUUAAGGACUCUGCUGUGACUGCGCGCCUCUUUACAAGCAAUGUCUUCAAGUUACGCGAGAUGGAGGAGCUUUUGGGCGCCAUGCCGGAUGGGGACGUUAACUCGCCCACAGCUGCGAUAGCUUUCACAACGUCUCUAGUGAAGAACGACAUCGAGCUUGCGAACCAAGUUCUUGUCGAGAUGGUAUCUACGGUAGCGAUGGCUGUAGGAGAGCCAGGGUUCCAAGCGACAAGCUGGUCUUGGGUAAUUGACCUCGUUAGGUCGACAGCCGAUCGACGUACCAGCAAACUCGAUGUCUUCUUCGAGAAUCUUUCAAAGUGCACCGAGUUGGAUCGUGAGAAAUGCCAGAGAGACUUACUAGACAUUGUUUGGAAGCCUACGACCAAUCUUUUGAUCCAAACCGGGGCCAUCGUUCAUGAUCCUGCUCUGAAAACAAUAGCCGACGACUCACUUCACGAUACUCUCGUGUCCGGAUCACACAAAGACUCUGUUAAUGGAAUCUAUCUUUACCGACGCAUUGCGAACACCCCUAUCUCGCCUCAUUUACUCGCAGAGCUGACGAAAUCUCUCAUUGAUCAGACAAGAGAGCGCCUGGGUUCUAGGGGUCUACGAGCGCAAAUGCAGAGUGUCGUCUUCGCUAUCAAUAGCCUGGCUACAAGCGAUGAACCCUCGCUGGCUUGCCCAUUCAUUUGUGACCUCAUUUUGGAUAACGAAGGUCAGGAAACAUCGUCAUGGCACCGACAUCUUCUCAGUCCGAGGUUUCUCUCGAUUCUUCCAGCCAGGGCUGCCCAAGAGCUACUGUGUACUAUGGCAAACGUCAUGAGCGAGAGGAUGAGAUCACAGAACCAGAAUACUGAUAAGAUAGAAAGGGCUGAAAGAGUGAAGGAUGGUGACGCGACGGAAGGAGCAAAACCCUCAGAGACCAAGCAGUCUGGGGAACCUUCCGUUCAACCCAUCAAGGUCACCACUGUUAAGAUGCUUGCCCAACUCCUACAGCAUAAAGUGUUCAUCAACUCUUCUGUAUCGUGCGAAAUUCUUAUUUUGCUUCUAUCUGAAGCUCGACAUAUCGACAUACGAACUACUAUUGCGAAUAGUCUUUUUGCCAUAUUGGAGGAUCCAGCUUCCGCUUCCUACAUUCGAAAGCAGAUUCUCGAUGCUCUCGAUAAGUAUUGCGUUCCAGUGGCUGCGCAACUCAACGAACGACGCGGCCUUACUGAAUCAGAUUGGGCCGGUGCCUCGGGUCUUCCUAUUAUCGGUGAAGAAACCCCUCUACUCGACCUUAUGAUUGAAAAAGCUCAUCUGGCAAAGUUAGAGGAGGCCGACAAGUCCCGGCUGGCUCAACUUGUUAUGAGGACGAUAGAACAGUCGGCUGCGCAAAACUCUCGCUGGCUAAAUCUUUUCAUGGCUAAAAACCACUUCUCUCUGGAUGAGCAAUUGCCUGAACUCCCCGUCCAUCUAGCACCCCUCACGAAGGCCUUCAUUCAACUGAGACCAUACACUCCCUUGUCCGUCUUCAGCAUGGUCGAAGCCGCUGCAUUAAACCACAUCGAUCCGUUACCAGGAGUAAAACGUAUCACGCAGUCCAUAGAGGAAGAUCGCGACUUGAUCAACUCGAAUGCAGGCAAACACUGGCGUUCGCAAUUCUCAAGUGGCUGCAUCGAAGGGAACCGCUAUAACGCCGAGUUUAUUCCUUUCCAUGUGGCUACCUUGAUGCAAGAGCGUCUGGAACUAAGCGAAGUUGAUUUGACAUCGCUCCAGUCACUCGUGACGACUUGUGCCGCAAAAAUGCUCAACGUUAACUCUCCUGGACAAGUCGUGAACCUGAUCAGAAAGUUGUGUGAAAAGCGAUUGAAAGACCGUGAGAACUGGGGACGCUGGACCAGAAAUUGUUUGCCUUGUAUCAGAACAAUCAUUCAGAUGACAAAGGAUGCUCAAGCACGUCCGCGUACCAAAGACGAUCCGCUUCCCUGGCUACCCAGUGUUUUCCAGUUGAACCUCUACUGUUUACCCUUCCCUCUCUCUGACGCAACGGGUGUGGAGGUGAAGCAUUUUGUUGAAGAGCUCUACAAGAUGAUUCGGGGUCUUUCAGAGCGUCAGAAUCAGCUAUAUCACCUCGACCUCAAGAACCUGAAACGAGAGAUCAACUACUGGCCAUCGAAACAAUCGUUCGGAUGCUUUGCAUUGAAAUUGAAUGAAGUACAAGUCUAUGAUUUCAAAUCGCCCCAGGCGCCGAGCCUGGUGGACUUUUUGAGUUGCGAAAUUAUCAGUCAUCUGCUUAUGAAAGCGGAUGAUCCAAAGGAUACCGAUGCUGUUGAAGAGAUCAAAACACUGAUGCGUGAAUGGGAGAAUUGCAACGACGAAACAAUUAGGACCAUGGGUAUUAAUUUGAAACGAUGUUUAUUCUGGGUGGCUGAAGACUAA